AAUGAAGAUUAAACGUGUACCGAUAAGCGAACGCCAGGUUAAAAACCAGAAAGACGCAAAACGCUGUUUCAUUUUUUAAGCAUUCCAAUUUGAUUUUCAUCAAAGAAUAUCGAGAAAAUUGUGAAAAUCUUAGUAACAUAAUAUAAAGUGAUUAUUAAUUCAUGAAGUGGCGCAUCGAAAUCUUUAUUUUCUCUAAAUUUAACGUCACAAAAGAUGACGCGAAAGUAAUAAUAUAUAAAAUAUGUUUGGUAGAUGAACAUUCUCAGUGUGCUCGAAUCCUAUUUUCACAGUACAAAUUCUGAUUUCUAUAUUAUACUUAUGAACGCGUUAAAAAAUAUGUGUUCCUUAAAUGUAAUGUUGAUACCGUGUGCAAGCGAUGCCGUGGCCAUUUUCAUGUGUGCUCCAGUUUCGUAAUCAUUAUCAACUCCAUAUUUGAAUUCAACAAGUAAUGCAGUGGCGUGUUUCGUUUAUUCACGAAUUUUUGUGCCGCUUCGCGAGGUGCCAGUUCAUUGACAAUGCAUUCAUUUUCACAUUUUCAUUCCGACUGUGCAGCCGCGAGAAAAAUCAUUGCAAGGAAUAAACGUAAUUUCUCAAAAUAUGUACGUCUGUGAAAAAUCUGUUUAUCGCAUUCCACGUAGGUCGGAUUUUAUGUGAAUACUAUAAUCGUGAUAUAACAAAUGCGAAGUGGAACGAAAAUCGUUUAAAAAUGACUCCGAAAGUGAUCCUAGUGACAAAAAUAGUACUUGAGACAAUAUGCCACCGGAUAGACCAGAUGCAUCAGGUGCAGAAACUGAAAUAGGACUGAGUAGUACUCAGGUUCUGAAUUUUGGAGAAACAGUAUACAAAAUGAAAGAAAAAGAAAACACAAAUGCUUUGGUUGAAACAAAUUCAACAGAUGAACUCUCUAUGUCUGAAAAGUCCGUAGAGAAAAAUAGUCAGUCGGACGAUGAUCUAACUUCUUUGAGUUGGCUCCAUCAACAGAAUUUAUUAAAGGGCUUGGAUAUUUCGAAUCCUACUAAAGAUACCAAAAAUGAGAAUGUUUUAAACAAUAAUGUUUGUGAUGAUACAGCAGAUUUUUCUGAAAAUACAAAUUCUGUUUCAAGUUUAGAUGAUGGUUACUGUCCAGCAGAUAAUAAUGGCAGGAUAAAUAACUCAACAUCUCAUGGUAAUAGUCAAAGCUAUCAGCAUUCAAAUAAAAAUGGUCAAAAGUCAAUCUUUCAGGAGUCGGUAAAAAAUCAUUAUAAUAGUUCACAAAAUAAUCAAACAAAGAUUUCUUUGAACAACAAUAAUCUGCCAGUUUCGAAUCGCAACAAACACCCUACUCAUAUACCAUAUGAUCCUCAUUUGCACAGAAACAGUAAACCACCAUAUUCAUUUUCUUGUUUAAUUUUCAUGGCUAUCGAAGAUAGCCCUGUAAAAGCUCUACCAGUCAAGGAAGUAUAUGCGUGGAUUUUGGAUCACUUUCCAUAUUUUAGGAAUGCUCCAACUGGAUGGAAAAAUUCUGUUAGACAUAAUUUGAGCCUAAAUAAGUGUUUCCGCAAAGUAGAGAAAGCACCGAAUUUAGGCAAAGGUUCAUUAUGGAUGGUAGAUGCUCAGUAUCGUCCAAAUCUGAUACAAGCAUUAUCUCGUGCUCCUUUCCCUCCUCCUACGGCUCAAACACUCUCUUCGUCAGAAAAGCCUCAAAAAAAGAAUACAAGUACACGCCUUCCAGAUCCUAUUCUCUUUCCAUAUCUUUCCAAAAGACUGGCAUCAAGUAACAUUACCGAUAACACAGACACUGAAGUAGAUAGCGAUGUAGAUGCAGCAGCUGCUGCAAUGCUUUCUUUCAAACAUGGACCUAUUAUUUUAAAUCACAAUAAAGGUAUUGAAGAUCGUAAAAGAAAAGUACCGGAAUCGGAAGUGUUGGUUCCCGUAAUCACCAGGAGCUCCAGUGAAGAUCAUACUUAUAGUUGUAUUACCUCAGUAAGACAAGAAAGCAAAUAUUCGAGGAAAGAAACGAAUCCCGAUUUUGAUGAGCAGAGGAAAUUAGUAGAAGGGGUAGACGCGCUUCUGAACUUAGCAGGUGUUACUGCACCACUUAAUCACAAUAGGACACAUCAUGUACAAGGUAGUAAUUCAACGCCAAAGUCUGAGGGUACAUCAAAGUUGAAAAAACGUUCAGCUCCGAACGAUUACUCGAAUCCACCCGAGAAAAGGCGUAAACAUUGGCCGAAAUGGAGUGAAGGGAAGCGGUAUUUAAAACAAAUUAUAUAAACAUUUUGAUUGUGUGUAUAUACAGCAUUGAAAACUUUUAAUUUUGUUUCCACAUCGAACGGGAAAUCUGUUUUAAAAUCGUGUCUUUAAUAUGAGUUUCGAGACAACGGACUUAACUUUACAUCAUUGACAAUGAAUCAAUUGUCUUUCGAAUACGACUAACGUCAGUAAAGAUUUGCAUCGAAGUUAUUGCCAUUUUUAGGCAAGUAAAGGGGGAUUAAAGUGAAAGAGACGCGAUGUUAUUGUAACGCGUACGAAAGAAAGAAAGAAAGAAAGAAAUAAUGUGUGUCAGGUGCAUUUCUAUUGAAAGAAACAAAGGAAAGCGAGGUAAGCAAAAAUUGGCGGACGCUCAGGGUUUAGAACUCGCUAUAUGCCAAAAUGAAUUCAGUAGCAUUAAGCAACAAGCAAUAAUAGGGAGAUAAUGUUAAAAAUUAACUUUCUCAACAUGUUAUUUAAAACAUGAUACAACUAAACAGUUUAUGGAAUGUCAAUGAAGAAAACUAUCGUCUACUAAAACUAAAAUAACGAUAAACUUUUUAGACCUGUUGUGACAAUUAUACAUAUUAAUUAAUAGAGAGUUUAAUUAAUGAUAAUAGAGUUCUAUAUUAGGUUUUUUUGUAGAUAUGUAUAGAAAUAUAAUUGAUAUCUAUUCGAUAGAGAAAUUGAUAAUAUAUUUAAAAAGAAGAUUAUAUAUAUAUAUAUACACACGUACACAUACAUAUUAUUCAUGUUCACACACGUGCUCAUUUGUUUACAUUCGGAAUACAUCUGGUCAUUGUACGCAGCUGUAUGUGUAAAACGUGUGCCGGGAAAAAGGAAAAGAAGAAAAAAAAACUAUCAAUAACAAAAAUUCGAAAUCGAAAUACACCAAAAUAUGGAUUUGAAAUGAGGAAAAUAAUUAUCAUUUCAUGCCUUUUUCUACUCUCUUCGUGGCUUUUGAAAUGAUUUUCAACAAUGCUGUACAUAUGUAGAUCCUAUAAUGUAUGCAUAGACCAGUUUCAAAAUUUUCUUAAAGGAUAUGUAUAUCAGUAACGAAUUGAUAACAUUGAUUGGAACGUAAUAUGUAUAAAAUAAGAGGUCAACAUAUUUUUAUAUAAAAAAGAUAUUUAAAAAAAAAAAAAAAAAAAAAUGAAUAUUAUCUAUAAUAUUAAGAACCUUGUGAAUACCUGAUAAAUAAUGAUAUAUAUAUACAGUGCGUGCGCCUAAGCGCGUGCAUAUGUGUGUGUGUGUGUGGUAAAAUAAUGAUGAAAAACUGGUCUUGUAUACAUUAAUAUAUAGUUCUAUAUAGAGAGAACGUAUAUUUUUACAGGGCACUGCCCGCGUGAUAAAAGCUCUUCCUAAUAAUUGCUAAAAAAAAAAAACACAGUUCAUUAGCUUAAAUCAUUUUACUAAUUGUAUUUUGCGUGACACUACAAACACAGCAUGGUAGCGCAGCCUGAACAAUCCAUGUGUUUAAGAUCACAUGCCAUAUAAUGUAAAAUCCUUGUUAAACGAAUAACUGCAUAAUCUUAUCACUUAUCUCAAUAGUUGAAAGUACUCACUGGAAGAAAUGCUUGGUUACCAAUUUAAAAUGGCAAAAUUUUAAAUCGGAGAUAUUUCUAGUCUUAUGACUAUAUAUAUGUAUAUACACAGAUAUAUAUAUAUGUAAACAUAAAAACCUAUGAAUUAUUAGGUUGAUGAUAAAUGAUAUUUAAGCGUCACAGUUGCAAAAUAAGAAUAAAUUAUUACUUGUAAUAUAUGUUUACUGCUGGUUCAGAUAUAUUCAGACAUAAAACUCAUAACUACUGCUUUUAAAAAGAAACAAAAAAAAAAAAA